AUGCUGAUUUUGCGCCAGGAGAGCCCUCAUGAACACCAACAAAACCUGCUGUUGUCUCGAAUCAUCACCAAUGUGGAGAAACUCAAUGAGGCGAUAGUUGUGAUGAACAAGUCGCUUCAGGAGAUUAACAUUCAGAACAUGAAUGUUGAGCUCGUUGCGCAAAUGUUCAAGAACUACCAAUCGAAUGUUCUAUUUCACCUAGAAGGUCAGUCGCUGUUUAUGCUUAACCUGGGCAAAUGGAAUUGGCUGACAGAUUUGUAUAGCAACUGA